AUGUCCAGGAAGAGAAGAGGUGAACUCAGCCUCACAAACACUAGUGAGAUAUUUAUAUAUGGUACUACUGGUCUAUGGGACUAAACUUAAGACCCACAGGGAACCCAGUUUAGCUAACCUUGGCUACUAUCGUACAACGAGUACUCCUCCACUCCUGUCUGGAUAACGACGCUCACUCACUCUUACUGUCAUGCGCCAUUUGUAGUCCUCUUGUGAGAUAAAUUACCAUUUAUGUCACAUGCAUUUCACAUAGAGGUCACAACAUGGGGUCAAGCAUGACAGAGCAAGGAAGAGAAUGCUGGGGUUAACCAUUCUACUAAUGAAUUCCAACCCAGCCCCUACACAUUCAUGUAGAUCUGAAAGGAAUGUACAGAUACUGGAUAAGUAUUAUGAUAAAUGGACAAUCAUAAUAGUGAUACAUGAUGCAUGAUGUGGGUGUGUUUUUUCUUAGGGGAGUGGAGACAUGGAGGACACACCCUUCUCUUGGCGAGACCGCAGUGUGAGGGAGGGGACAUAUUGAUAUAUAAGCAGGUCCCUCUGUUGGCGCUCUACAAACUUGCACUGCUGUGGGAUUAUUAUCAAACACUGUGACAUAUUCAGGACAGAGUUUUUGAGUACGAGCAGGUACAUAUUCUAUGUCUUCUUAUGUAUUCUCAGCAAACACACAAAAAAUUAUUGUUGAAACAUACUGUGAGAAAAUAAUCAGGUUAUUAGACAUUCAGUGGAAGAUGAUAGAAUGGAUGUCUGCAGAGCAAGUUAAACUGUCAUAAUUAUAUCAGUUCAGGUAUAAUGUAUUAUUCUAUUAAUGAUGCUAAGUCUUUGGGCGGCUGGUAGCUUAGUGGAGAGAGCGUGUGCAGUAACCCAAAGGUCGCUGGUCUAAUCCCGAGGCACUAGGCUGAAAUCUUGUCGAUGUGCCUGACAAGGCAUACCCUAAUUGCUUUCAUUAAGGUCGCUCUGGAUAAAGCCCGCUAAAUGACUAAAAUGUAAUGUAAAUGUUAUAUUCUGACUAGGAUGGACUGCAGUGGCUUUGCUGAGCUGUGACUCUGUGCCAGCGCAGAAGUAGGAAGAGAAUGAACAGACUCAAAUGGAUAGGACAGAGGGUUGAGUGGUGCUGUUUUUCAUUUCAGAAUCAGAAUCACCUUUAUUCGCAUUUACAAGUACAUUUACAGGUACCAGGAAUUUGACCUGUUCAAUUGGUGCUGACCACAAUAAACAGAAUAUACAGACAGGAUAUAUAGAUGAAGAAUUUACACACAAUCCACAUACACUACCAGUCAAAAGUUUGGACACACCUACUCAUUCAAGGGUUUUUCUUUAUUUUUACUAUUUUUUACAUUGUAGAAUAAUAGCGAAGACGUCAAAACUAUAACACAUGGAAUCAUGUAGUAACCAAAAAAGUGUUAAACAAAUCAAAAUAUAUUUAAUAUUUGAGAUUCUUCAAAUAGCCACCCUUUACCUUGAUGACAGCUUUGCACACUCUUAGCAUUCUCUCAACCAGCUUCAUGAGGUAGUCAUCUGGAAUGCAUUUCAAUUAACAGGUGUGCCUUGUUAAAAGUCCAUUUGUGGUAUUUCUUUCCUUCUUAAUGCGUUUGAGCCAAUCAGUUGUGUUGUGACAAGGUAGGGGGGUAUAAAGAAGAUAGCCCUAUUUGGUAAAAGACCAAAUUAUAUUAUGGCAAGAACAGCUCAAAUAAGCAAAGAGAAACGACAGUGCAUCGUUACUUUAAGACAUGAAGGUCAGUUAAUAUGGAACAUUUCAAGAACUUUGAAAGUUUCUUCAAGUGCAGUCGCAAAAACCAUCAAGCGCUAUGAUGAAACUGGCUUUCAUGAGGACCACCACAGGAAUGGAAGACCCAGAGUUACCUCUGCUGCAGAGGAUAAGUUCAUUAGAGUUACCAGCCUCAGAAAUUGCAGCCCAAAUAAAAAGUCACAGACACAUCUCAACAUCAACUGUUCAGAGGGGACUGUGUAAAUCAGGCCUUCAUGGUUGAAUUGCUGCAAAGAAACCACUACUAAAGGACACCAAUAAGAAGAAGAGACCUGCUUGGUCCAAGAAACACGAGCAAUUGACAUUAGACCGGUGGAAAUGUGUCCUUUGGUCUGGAGUCCAAAUUGGAGAUUUUUGGUUCCAACCGGCGUCUUUGUGAGACGCGGUGUGGGUGAACGGAUGAUCUCCGCAUGUGUAUUUCCCACCGUAAAGCAUAGAGGAGGAGGUUGUUAUGGUAUGGGGGUGCUUUGCUGGUCACUCUGUCUGUGAUUAAUAUAGAAUUCAAGGCACACUUAACCAGCAUGGCUACCACAGCAUUCUGCAGCGAUACGCAAUCCCAUCUGGUUUGGGCUUAGUGGGACGAUCAUUUGUUUUUCAACAGGACAAUGACCCAACACACCUCCAGGCUGUGUAAGUGCUAUUUUAACAAGAAGGAGAGUGAUGGAGUGCUGCAUCAGAUGACCUGGCCUCCACAAACACCUGACCUCAACCCAAUUGAGAUGGUUUGGGAUGAGUCGGACGGCAGAGUGAAGGAAAAGCAGCCAACAAGUGCUCAGCAUAUGUGGGAACUCCUUCAAGAUGGUUGGAAAAGCAUUCCAGGUGAAGCUGGUUGAGAGAAUGCCAAGAGUGUGCAAAGCUGUCAUCAAGGCAAAUGGUGGAUAUUUGAAGAAUCUCAAAUAUAAAAUAUGUUUUAAUUUGUUUAACACUUUUUUGGUUACUACGUGAUUCCAUAUGUGUUAUUUCAUAGUUUUGAUGUCUUCAUUAUUAUUCUACAAUGUAGAAAAUAGUAAAAAUAAAGAAAAACCCUUGAAUGAGUAGGGUGUGUCCAAACUUUUGACUGGUAUUGUAUAGUAUAUAGAUACAGCAAAAACAGAGCAAUCACACAUUCUGGUUGGCCCCUCUUAGGAGGUGAAUCAUCCUCAGCAGUCACAAUUUGCUCUUUCUCUCUUAUUAUUGCAUUCCUUUGUUGCUAACGUAUUCUUUAUACAUGAUAAGGACAGGGUAGACAGGAAUCAGCACAGGGAUUUUGAAGAAUUGUUAGAAGUAGAACUAAGUACAAAACACUAUAAAGAAAACAUUAACAACUUCCCUUGUUCAUGCCACUGCAGCAGAGAAGGUAAACACCAGAGUCUGUGCCAACCUCACCCUAGUGUUGGACAACUGGAAGUUUGCCAUCAUGACCCAAGUCAAAGACCUUCUUCUCAACGACCACAGCACUGUGCUGCCUGAUUACGGGAGGUGGGUAGAAUCCUGUGUAGAUAUGUUUAGUAGGUUUUUAGAUCAGAAGUUCAUUGGUGAGCUCAGACAAUGAACAUACUGUAUGAUUUGAUAAAUAGAAAGGUAAGAUACAGUGAAGUAUCUAUUACAUAGCCCAUUACUUUGGACAUGUAACUUUAGCUUUAGUGUUUGUCAGUCAGAUCCCUUUGCUAUAACAGACACAAUAAGACUCUAUAAAAAUAACUUGUUUUUGAACUUUAAUGGACUAUACUUUUCUUUUUUCCUCAUGACACUUUUUUUCUCCUCACCCCGCACAAUCACUCCCUUCCUCCAGGAUCCCUCCUCUAUCAGAUGCCUUAGGAGACCUCUACAAGGAAUUCAAUGCCCUGAAGGAGCGCCUGGGGGAGCUGACCACCAAGUUUGAGGGCGUCGAGGCCUUCGUGGACGACGUGAGGGCAGGAAGAAGCCCCACCCAGAGCAGAGCAGAGCCCCACCCACUGACGCCAGAGGAGGAGAGCCAGAGCACCAUGCUGACCGGAACUGGAGAGGGAACCGGUACCGGCUCCGGUAUUAGACCACAGGGACGUAGGAACCGGGUGGUGGUCCGGAGAGUCAAGAUACCUGCUAAUGGUGCCCAGGUCUAA